GUAACAUCAUAUAAAUGACACAACAGGUCGAUCUCCACUUUUCGGAGUCAGACAGUCGCUGUGCUCGUAUUGGACAUUAAAUCUUAAAGUGGUAUUUUCCCACUGUUCGGUGUCGGUUCGUGCUUCCUUCCGUCCUCAGCCAGUAUUGACAUUUGUGGCCUGAUGGACGCGUUUCCGGCCCAGCGUACGACGUGUGAAUAGGGGUGGUCCCGGACCUGCGGAGGGAAGGCCUCAGCCUCUCUAUUUAUUUCUGCUUUUCUCUCCCCGUCCCACGCCUCGAACGCCGCCGUGAGCCGGACCCUUCCGUCGAACCGGGCCGAGCUGGCGUUUUACCCGUGCUGGUGUCGAGUGAAGCCCGCGGCGCCCCCUCUCUUCGCCCGUCGGUCGAAACGUCCGCGCGUCCAGCUGAUCGCUUCGAGCGGAGCCGUUUGUUGGACUUUACGGAACCUUCUCGCGGCCCAAACGGACCGAGUUCGCCGCCUGUGUCUCGCCAACUCGCGGACUUUGACACCAACGGGACGUGGGUGCUCUUUUCGUGGCCUGACGCGCGUGCUGAUCGGGUUUCCCCAGUGACGACCAGGCCCCGGACGCGUCCCCAGCCUCGCGUUUCCUCCUCGCUUUUUGUUGGGAGUCAUGGGAGACACCAGCGAGCGCAGCAAAGCUCCGAGUCUGCCUCCGCGCUGUCCCUGCGGGUUCUGGGGGUCCAGUAAAACCAUGAACCUCUGCUCCAAAUGUUUUGCUGACAUCCAGAAGAAGCAGCCAGGGGAGGACUGCAGCUCCAAGCCCAUCCAAAGCAGCGGGAGUAGCCAAUCAUCCGUUUUCAGUAGUGAGACGAGCAGCAGCAGUAGCCAAUCCGCGUUGUCGUCGCCGCCCACGGGCGCCGAGCCGCCGUCGGCCGAAGAGCCCUCGCCCUCGUUCCCCAGCACCAGGGAAGGCGCGUCCACAGAAACGGGCCACGGCACGCUCUGCACACCCACAAAACGUCCACGGGAAUCGGCUUCGGGCUCGGAGAGCGAGGCCACGCCGGAGAAGCGGCCACGGACGGACGAGAAGGAGGCGGGCGGCGAGGAGGCCCGCGGGACGCCCCGGCAGAAGAACCGCCGGCGCUGCUACCGCUGCCAAACCAAACUAGAGCUGGUGCAGCAGGAACUGGGCUCCUGUCGCUGCGGCUACGUCUUCUGCAUGCUGCAUCGUCUUCCUGAGCAGCACGACUGUCUGUUCGACCAUCUGGGCCGCGGGCGAGAGGAGGCCGUCCUCAAGAUGGUGAAGCUGGACCGCAAGGUGGGCCGCUCGUGCCAGCGCAUCGGGGAGGAGUGCUCCUGAUCGGUCACGCCGUGACCUGACACCCUGAGACGAGGCGCUUACAGAGAGGAGGAGGAGGAGGAGGAGGAGGACACGACACAUGGGACGAUGGGUGG